CGCUCCCGGUCGACGGCCCGCUCCCUCCCAAAAACCCACAGCCCGCUCCGGCGCUCCCUCCCAAAAACCCACCGCCCGCCGCUUUCACCCCAGCACACACCCACACCCACACCCCCGCGCCAUGGCCUCUCCUCGCCCCACCUCCCUCUCCUCCCCCGCCGCCCUCAUCCACCUCCGCCUCCAGCCCCUCCCCAGCAUCCCGCCGCUCCACCCCACUACCCUCCCCUUCCCGCGCUCCCUCCCGCUCCACCUCCCCUCGCUCCGCCUCAACGGGCCCCACCUCCCUCCUCUCCCGCUCGCCUCUUCCGGCAGCGGAAGCGCCAUCACCGGAACCGGCGGCGAGGCCGACCUUCCUCCCCUCCCGCUCGACUCUUCCGACAGCGGAAGCGGCAUCACCGGAACCGGCGGCGAGGACGGCCUUCCUCCCUCGGGCGGGGGAGGCGGAGGGGGAGGCGGAGAUGGCGAGGGCGAGGGCGAGGGCGAUGGCGAGGGCAGCGACGACGCCUCGGUCAACAGGAGGGAGGCCCUGUUUGUUCUGGCGCAGCUCGGGCGGAAGCUCGAGAGCCUGCCGGCCGACCUCGCCGCGGCCGUGGAGGGCGGCCGCAUCCCGGCCGAGAUCGUGCGGCGGUUCGUGGACCUCGAGGCCUCGCCGGUGUUCAGGUGGCUUCUGCAGUUCGGUGGGUUCAAGGAGCGCCUCCUUGCCGACGACCUCUUCCUCACCAAGGUCGCCAUAGAGUGCGGCGUUGGCAUCUUCACCAAGACUGCUGCAGAGUAUGAGAAAAGGAGGGAGAACUUUGUCAAAGAGCUUGACUUUGUGAUUGCAGAUGUGGUCAUGGCAAUAGUUGCAGAUUUUAUGCUUGUAUGGCUUCCUGCUCCAACCGUGUCUUUACAGCCACCACUAGCGGUGAAUUCUGGAGCCAUUGCUAAGUUCUUCUACAACUGUCCAGAUAAUGCCUUCCAGGUUGCUUUGUCUGGGACAUCAUACUCACUUUUGCAGAGAGCAGGAGCUAUUUUGAGGAAUGGUGCAAAGCUUUUUGCUGUCGGAACUAGUGCCUCUCUGGUCGGCACUGGUGUGACCAAUGCACUGAUAAAAGCAAGGCAGGCUGCCAGCAAGGAUUUUGAUGGUGAAGUUGAGAAUCUUCCAAUUGUAUCAACUAGUGUUGCAUAUGGUGUGUACAUGGCAGUUUCCAGUAACCUCAGAUACCAGGUUUUGGCUGGAGUGAUUGAACAGCGGAUGCUCGAGCCACUACUGCACCAACACAAACUAGUAUUGAGUGCAGCAAGUUUUGCAGUUCGGACAGGGAAUACGUUUUUGGGUUCUCUACUGUGGAUCGACUAUGCCAGGUGGGUAGGCGUACAAUAGGCUCAAGCAUACAGGCACAAAUACAAUUGCUCAGAGCUUCAGCAAUAUGGGUUCUUCAUGAUUUGCUAUUACCAUGCUUCCUCCAACUGGCAACUACUCGUUUGCUUCAUGGGAGACUCUUAGGACAGAUUUGAUAUCAUUCUUUGAACAAUGCCUUGAGGAAAGCGUAAUUUGUCGAAUUAUUCCCACAAGCAAGGGAUCAAAUUUGUUUUUGACAGCUUAAGGUUGUGUUGUGUGUUGGAUUGGACUGGUUAAAAUUCGUACAGUUUGGUCAUUGUUUGUGCAAGUUCCUGUGAUUUGGCUAUCGUGGUCGAGCAUCAAUUUUUGCUGGCCAUGCCUUCACCAAUGUUUGGCUUA